AUUCCAAUAUGGCGGCACCCAUAAGCAUGUGCUCGAAGUCAUAACAAAUACGAGAUUUAGUUUCCUUCCAGAAGACAUAUCUGCUACAAUCUGACAAUGCCUAUUAGAUAUGUUGGCCGGGAAAGCUAUUUCCGUGGAAAGACGCUCUUCGAGAUUGCGGCUAACUUAAGAAAUUGUGGCGAGGGCCGAGUUGUGACAAGAUUCAAGUUCGCGGAACGCUACGAAGAAAAAAGCUAUUAUCGACUCACCAAAGUUACUCCUGAUCUCUCCGACAAGACCACUCGCAGUGGGAAGGCCUGGGGGGUGAAGGUGUUCAGGGGAGAGAACCUGGGUGUGCGUCAGAUAGAUGCUGGCAUGAAGGCAGACUGGAGGCUCAUACCCAGGGAGGAAGAGAGUACCUAUUGCCAGGAACUGUCCCAGCCCCGGCCCAGGAAUGUGGUGCCCAAAUAUGCUGACAUUCCUCCGUUGCUGGGACUCCUCGCCAAGCAGGAGAUGUCCGCGAGGGGAGAGGACACAUCACAACCUCUGAGGAUGGAGCUGAAUAUUAAAAAGGAUUUCCUGAACAGAGCAAUACAGGAAGAUACAUGAUGUCUGCACUCGUUGUGUGAGCUGUGUGUAUCUACAGGUGUGUGAAAGUUCCUGCAACUCCAGAUUCAUGGAUGAAAAUAUCAGUCCUUCAGUUACAAUUCAGCUGAAGUACCGGUAAUCAUGUGUGAGAGCCAAAUUUAUUUCAACCAAGAGUGACUAUCUUUAGAUGAAAAUGUGUUUAUGAAAAUUUGUUCAAGCCACAAUCACAAAAUAAUGAUAAUUCAGAAUCAUGUUUCUUUACCAGUAUGGUCUGUUGGAAAUACAUAAAACAUGUAAUGAGUACAGUAUUGUAUGGUGCUUUGUUCUACUCACAACAUAGAAUGAGAACAAUCCGCAGGAAGAGAAUACCUCGUCCUGAGUUGGUAAUUAAUCUUUCAAGGAAAGUAAACAUGUUUUCCCUUUAAAACUGACUAAAUCAGAAAAUGUCGUUGCAAAUAAGCAGGGCAUGGAAUGAUUCAAGAUAUGACAUCCUUAGCUUCCUGACACAAUUCACCCCAGAUCAACUCGUCCAAGCUUGGAUAAAAGGUGGUUUGAAUGAUUUUACUACUGCUUCACAAGUAUACAAAAAUAAUCAUUUAAUACAUUUAUCAAUGCCUUUAUUUCAACAAUGGAUAGUUUAUAAGAUAUGUUAGUGUUAACAAAGGGAUAAAUAGGCACAAACAACAGAAAGGUGUUUGUUCCAGUGCAGUAUCUACUGCUGAAGAUACAUCUCCUUCACAGGGAGUUAGAUGGUGUCUGUGUCCAGAGAAUAGUACUUGUAGACAGUGAAGGAGUUGUUUGUUGUUCUGCAUUGUAUCAGAGACAUCUACCCAUAAUAUAAAAUUGGAUGAGUGUGUAUAUUUCAAAA